CUCGCCCAGCACUAUUCCCCAGCAGCUGCAGACAUGGCGGCGGUCAGAGCCUUGUCCUUCACCAGGACUGCCAAGCUGCUAACUUCCCCUGCGAGGAUCACCGGUGCACUGGUCCACCGGUACAGCGUCGAGGUGUCCAGCACCGGCGAGGCCAUCACCCACACCGGCCAGGUGUUUGAUCAGAAUGAUCCCAGAAGAGCCAGGUUCGUCGGCAGACAGAAAGAGGUGAAUCCGAACUUUGCCAUCAAGCUGGUUGCAGAAGAGCCAGUGACGGGCAUUGAGGCCAGAGUGGUGUCUUGUGAUGGAGGUGGUGGAGCUCUGGGACACCCCAAAGUCUACAUCAACUUGGAUAAAGACACAAAGGUGGGAACAUGCGGAUACUGUGGACUGCAGUUCAAGCAUAAGCAUCAUCACUGAAACAUUACCCUUGUCUUUGAUUGUAUGUACAAAUUCCCAUGUUGGUUAAUAAAUUAUAUCUUGUCUGACUGUU